AUGAAAAGUAUUGUAUUGACUGAAACAGUGCUCAUCACCGAUACAAUGGAUCCGUCGUUGACGUGUCAAUCGUAUGGCAUAUUCUGGGACAUCGAGAACUGUGCCAUACCUUCAAUGGAAAGGGCGGCGACUGUUGUGCAACGAGUGAAACAAUUUAUUGCCACCAAAUUUGAGUCAACUGUUGGCCAACGACCGGAGCCGUGUGUCUUCAUCUGCUCGUGCGAUACGCGAACUUUGGACGCCCGACACGUGGAGGCCCUCAACAGGUAUGGCGUCGACAUAUUGCACGUGAAUGCCGUACGCGUGCCCUACAAAGUGGACGCCGACUGUAAGCUCAUGGAGUGUAUGCAGAAGUUUACUGAUCAUCACCGCAACACAAAUCCCAUGUUUUUGAUUACGGGUGACAUUGACUUCGCGCCGGCCAUCCGUGCGGCCAAACGCCGCGGCUUUCAAGUGAUUCUGCUGUUCGGCGGCAACGCCUCCGAAGAUCUCAAGCACACGGCCUCUGAAUCGCAUUCGUAUAACAGUAUUAUCGGCACCGAAGACAUGGAGUCCCGCAGUAAUAACGCUCGCACGCCGUCGGGCGCCCACUCCAGUGCCGCUGUAAAUCCGCAACUAAUCCCUUUGCAAAUCCCUCAGCAAAACCUUCAACUAAUCCCUCAGCAAACACUUGAGCCAAACCCAGAGAUUGACGAAAACAAAGUCAAAAUGAUUGAAGAGGUGACGGGACUCGACCGACACAUUGCCAUCGAAGCCCUCAACACCUAUCGGGGAAACAUUACUUUAGCCAUCACUGCACUCAUUGACAAUUGA